CAAACCUACCUUAUAUUAUAUAUAUAUCAUGAUUUUGUGUUUGUAUUAUGGCUCCAACUGUCACAUGUUUGCAGUAAGGUAUUAAAAAAUCCCGCACAUUUCUCGUUGCUUCGCGUUAGUACUUCAGCUAUGUCAUUGGGCAACGCAGGGCGAAUUGCUGCUUGUUGGACUGUUCUGACUGUUGGUGGCGUCUACGCUUUUGUGUUGUCGAAGCGAUCCGUUGAGAGUCGGCGAUACGAAAGCCUGAAAGUACGCGAGCGCAUGCGAAAGGCUAACCACGGCGAUUACGACUCAUCUGCAGCGGACAGGCGGUUUGACUAUUAG